GUGUCAGUCCCUCCUUCUUAAGGUCGCCUGCCGCUAACUACACAUGGAGGGGAAAAAAUAGAAACAAUACGAGCAUCGUACCGGUAGUGAUAACGAAGAGGUCGGAAGGGUUGAAAGCUGUAAUAUUAUUAGAGGAAAAUCACAGGAAUCAUAUCCAUAUCAAUCUCAUCGGUCCCAAAUUUACACGUGUGGCAUAGCACAGUACACGCACUUUCCAUACACAACCACGACGGCUCAACACUAACACCAACUCUCACAUUUUCGUCGCAUCACACGUCUAGCCUGCCUUAACUACCCGUCGUAAGCCAAUGCAAUCUUCUUGUUUGCUAUUUUCUGCUCUUGUCACCCUACCCUCCCUCCGCCAAUACUGCUCGCCCCCAUGGAUCCGCGAACAAUCCCCCCCUUCCCCACCCAACCGCCGGAAACCGUCAAGCCAGAAGUUAGCAGCUGGCGAGAGACGGUCCAGCUGCCUUCGAUAACUCCCCCCGCGGAGAUGAUGCACUCCCCGACCCAGACCGACGGCAGUGAUACAAACAACGAUUACCUGGUGCAACCCUCCACGCGAACGCGGUCGUUUAUCCAUCACCACGGUACGAAGGAGCAGAAGGCUGGUCGGAUAUUCUGGAAAUGCACAUACUGUGAGGGGCACUGUGGCUAUCGGCUCGCCCACUAGAUCCCGUCGACUGACAAAAGUGCUGGUAGGCCCGAAGAGGUACCUGCUGUCUGGGGGGACGGCGAAGCCGGCCUCGCAUCUCCGAGAUGCACAUCCACAAAAGCUCCGGGAAUCAUCACAUCCUGGGCCCGCACCAUCUACAUCAGCCCGCGCAGCACCUAAUCCCUUCCAAAACAUGCAAUCCACUGCCGAAUUCGACACACUCUCGUGGUACGGAUUUCUUUGCAGCUGGAUUGUCGAAUGCAACGUCCCAUUCGAGAUGGUGGGAAAGCCCGCGUUUCAGUUAUUAAUAAGGGAGUUUCGUAACGUAGCGUUACCACCGCCCGAUAUGAUCAAAGGAUGGAUAUUGGAGAGCUACGAAUCUGCAAAGGGCGAGAUGCGAAUGCAUUUGAAGGCUUCAGUAACCCGGAUUCAUUUCUCAUUCACCAGGUGGAUUAGCCCGGACAAUACCCUAGGGCUCCUGGCUAUAAUUGGGCAUUUCACUAGUGCCUCCGGAAAGCUUUGUAAUGCCCUACUAGGGAUUAAGAAAGUAAAGGACAACAUGUUUCACGCCCAAGCCCUUGCGGAAAUAUUUUACGACGUAGCUAAAGAGUGAGUCUUCUGAGGCAGUGUCCCGGUGGAUAUUCUGAUCUGAUUUGGGGCCCAGAUACGAUAUCAUAGAAAAAAUGGGGUAUUUUCAGGUGGGGGAUACACAGUUCGACGACUCCGUGUUAGUCGAUCUUAUGAAGCGGGACCAGAGGCCAGAGGAAGAGAUACCCUCCCCGAACCGGUCGGUUCGUUGUGUUCGUAGUGACAUGGAUUCUUCGGUCAGGGCUUUCUGGUUUGGAGACAGGGAAGAAGCAGCGGUCAAGAAACUGUUCCAAGACACCAUCAAGUCUACCAGAGACACAUCGGCUGAAUGGCGAGAACUCGGUCCUUGGGGAAAGUGUUUCAAUAUUGCUUUCCGGAUACUUGACUCUCCCCGGAAUAAGAGAGAGUUUGAGGAGCUUGGGGCAAAAUCAAUUUUGGAAUAUCACUUGAAUGAGGGGCAUUGGAGUUCUGCUCGGGCUAUGCUCGACCGCUUCUUAGAGAAUGAGCAGGUUGUGCACCAAUUCAUUUCACGCCAUACAGAACUAUCUCUUGAUCGUUUAUCAACUUCAGAGUGGGUCGAGCUGCGAGAAGUAAGGGGAAUUCUCGGUACCUUCUUAGACUGUAUACAGAGUGUAGAGGAACGGCCUGCCGGAACUCUUUACGACUUUAUUCCCCAACUCGACUUUCUCGCGGGAAGGUAUCGAGCGGUGGCAGAAAACCUUCCGCCCGAUGCUCUGGUGUGUAUCAAUGCGCGACAAGGACUAGAGAAAUUGAUGGAGAGCUCGCAUAUGGCCUGGAAGGUGCCGGCCUGUGUGGCUGCCGUUGCGCUGGAUCCAAGGUACAAAUGGGAUUACUUUGUCUACGGAGUGCAGCAUGGAGAGUGUACAUCCGAGGCUGUAGAGCAAGCUAAGGUCGAAGUGAGGAGAUUAUGGGAAAGGGAAUACAAGAAGCCGGAAAUCGCCUCGUCACCUACGCCUAUGGCUAUAGACGAGGGAAGUAGCAACAGCAGCAGCGCGGACAGUAGCGGUUCGGUAAAGCCUGCUAGGGGAUUUCAGAACGACUUUCACGGCUGGCUAGAGAUGCGACGAAGUGUACGCGGUGACCAGUAUGACCGAUUCAGCAACGCCCCAUUGGACCCGUCUGUGGAAGACCCUUUUGAGUACUGGUGGGCUCAAGCACCAACCGAUCCAGAGAUUUCGGUUAUGGGAUUGGAUAUUUUCUCGAUCCCAGCUAUGGCCGCCGACACAAGUGGGUUCUUGAUCACUGCUCCCCUGUAGAAAUUGACGCUAAUUCUCGGGGACAGAGCGGCUUUUCCUAGACUGCGAAAAGCCAUUACUAGAAGCCUCAAGCGGUGUAGGGUUGGAUGGAACCGAGGCGGUGGAAUGUCUAAAGUCAUGGAGAAAAAGUGGGCUUGUUGAGCCCAUGUACAAAAUCUCCGGGAGAGCGAUCUCUUCACCAACACGGAGCAGCGAAGGCUUAUAAAAUGUGGUUGCUUGUAAAUAACGGGCGGGAGUUGAACUGGGGGUUUUUUUUUCUUUCACGGGUUCUGGUGUCAUAGAACUGUGCACAUUUUCUUGUACUUUACGGGCGUCUUGUAGCUCGGGCAUUUUUCUUCAAUCGUUGGUUAUGCAUUCAAGGGUCUUUUUCUUUUCUUUUCUUGGGCGUCUGCUUUUAGCUGAAAUCAUAGACAGGCGAUACGUAUAUUUUAGUGCCCCGAUUCCAAAACAUCAUUAAACCCCGCAAGAACAGCUUGCAGUAUCCGCUUGCCUUAUUGGAAGAGUGGGUUGACGCCUGAGGACGUCCACUGCUAUCCCGAGCGGAAAUUGUCCCUAUUUCUCCAUUCGUCUGUUUCUGCCCUAAAACUGUGCUGGAAAAGGUAAGUUGAGAGAGCAGACGGCUGUGGGAGAAUAGCUCAAAAGAAAAUAUAAACAGCAGACCCGGAGUAUUUUGCAUAAGAUAUAUCAACACCGGGUCCAUGACUGCAUACAAUACUAUCCAGUAGGUUACCUUUCAGCCCUGUGCCCCCCCCCCCCAUAGUAAUAC